AUGACUCUGAGAAGGGUCACUCUCCUAGGGGCCCUCCUGGUGUUGUAUAUUCGUCAGCCAGGCUCGCUUCUGAAGCAUCUGAAAGAGUCCGACGAGCAGCCCGCCAACCCCCGCGGUCGCCUGUUUACCCAGGAGGCGUUAGACCCCCCUGCGGCCGAAGUCGAAGGCAGAAGCAUCAGUUCGCGAGAAGAGUCCCCCAGUGUGGUUGCCUUUUCUGAGCCGCCUACGUCAUGGAGGCAAGUCACGGAUGUCAAUGGGAGAAGGCGCUGGGUUUCCACCGCAUCGGACGGCGACGGACGUAACUUGCCAUCGGGUUGUUCUCGACCACCACCAUUAUCGUCGGGCGCUUAUCGUUCCUCAUCGAUUAUAUCAUAUCCAGCGAAACAUGGGUGCAGAAGCUUCGAAAAUGUUUCUGUACUGCUACGAGGGAGAACAGGUGUUAGGCGAGCGGCCGACAUCGCACCAGGCAGCCACCAUCGCAGUCAAAAUGCUGUUCCCGAGUAUUCCAGCAGACUACACCAUCUCUUUCUACUCCUCGGAGCUAGAGAUCUGCGGUGGAAAGCAAACAGAAAUAUCAUGUGGUGCCUGGGCCGACGCCAUACCAGACCUGAAUAA